CUGGAGAAAGCUCCAAGAGUUCGAAAUAUAUAUUAAGCGGGACUUAGGGUUUUCUUCCGCUAUCUACUCUUCCAGACUCUUCUUCUGCUCGCAUAUACAUACACCUAUACACACACACACGCAAAAGUACGUGCACUGUGAGACAAGGAACGCAACAAUGGGUGGGAGGCCUCGCUGCUUUCUGGACAUAAGCAUCGGAGAUGAGCUAGAAGGGAGAAUUGUUGUUGAACUGUACAAUGACGUAGUCCCUAAGACUGCGGAGAAUUUUAGGGCUCUUUGUACUGGAGAGAAAGGAAUUGGCCCGAAUACCGGCGUUCCUCUGCAUUACAAGGGAUCCCAUUUUCACCGUGUCAUUAAAAGUUUUAUGGUACAAGGAGGUGAUAUUUCUGCUGGUGACGGAACUGGAGGGGAAUCCAUUUACGGACUGAAAUUUGAAGACGAAAAUUUUGAAUUAAAACAUGAAAGGAAGGGUAUGUUGUCAAUGGCGAAUGCUGGGCCCAGUACUAAUGGUUCCCAAUUUUUCAUCACCACAACUCGGACAUCUCAUCUGGAUGGAAAGCAUGUUGUUUUUGGGAAGGUAAUCAAAGGCAUGGGAGUUGUUCGUUCCAUUGAGCAUGUCACUACUGGUGAAAAUGAUCGUCCUACAGUUGAUGUUGUUAUUGCCGAUUGUGGAGAAAUUCCAGAGGGAGCUGAUGAUGGAAUUGCAAACUUCUUCAAAGAUGGUGACAUGUAUCCUGACUGGCCUGCCGAUCUCAAUGAGAAUUCUUGUGAGCUUUCUUGGUGGAUAACAGCUGUAGAAUCGAUAAAAGGUUAUGGAAAUGAACAUUUUAAGAAGCAAGACUAUAAGAUGGCUCUAAGGAAGUACCGAAAGGCUCUGCGCUAUUUGGAUGUGUGCUGGGAAAAGGAAGGAAUCGAUGAAGCAGACAAGAGUAUGUAUCUGAGAAAGAUGAAGGCGCAGAUAUUUACCAACAGCUCUGCUUGUAAACUUAGACUAGGAGACUUGAAGGGAGCACUUCUGGACACAGACUUUGCAAUGCGUGAUGGUGAAAAUAAUGCAAAGGCAUUGUUCCGCCAGGGCCAGGCACAUGUGGCUCUCAAUGAUAUUGAUGCUGCAGUAGAGAGUUUUAAGAAAGCAUUGGAAUUGGAACCAAAUGAUGGAGCAAUAAAGAAGGAGCUUGCUGCUGCAAAGAAGAAGAUUGCUGAUAGACGUGACCAGGAGAGAAAAGCGUACGCCAAGAUGUUCCAAUAGUAAUUGAGUCAACUGGUUCAGGCUUUUUUCGUCGUGCUCAAAUCACCUGAAGGGGUUUAAGGUAUUGAACUCCUUAUAAAAUGAUCAGCUUGGUUGCAGAAGAAACUGGCAGCAGAUAGUAGAUACCUGGAAAGUCUUUUACUGCGUCUGGUAUCUCGUCAUUUGCAUUAAUCAGUUACUGUGAUGAUAAUAGUUUUAAUUCAAUGCUCGCCUAAGUUUAUUUUUUUUCUUAUAUGCUUCAAAUUGGAUCUUCUAGGUUUGAGAAGAGAAACUUUGACAAAAUCAAGACCAUUUCUAGGUAAGAGUUAUGCCUGGGCCAUUUCAGAAGAGAACCUAGUCGGCGCUAGGAGGCCGUACAGCUCUUUUUUGUGUUGUAGCAAUCUGUAACUUUGAGUUGGCAGCUGUAUUGAAUUGAAUUAUUCAUAGCAAUUGAACCAUGUUUAAUUGGAAUUAUCAACUUUUGAUUUAUUGCUGAUGAGAGAAUGUUAUAUUAUUA